GCGAACGCGAGUGGUUCUCGAGCAGAUACCCGAUAAUACAGAACGAUUCACAGAUUGUUUUUGCUGGUUUUUUUUUUAUUACACUCCCAAAGGAUACGGGACUUGUCCUAGUGAAGUGCAUUGCAAAUCAAAAAUGUGGCAACAAUAUUUUGUGAUCUUCGCCGUCUUGGGGUCUGGGAUGGGCGGCGCCAGUGCCUUCUGGUGGCCCAGGACCACAACGGAAGCACCCAAUGCACAGAUGCUCCAGCAGAUCCCGCUGACCUACUUCCGCACAUACACGUACCAGCCGCUGGCGAGCGGACCCUUCAGCGUCCCCUUCUUUGGCUUCGGAGCCGCUCAGACGCCGCUCCUUUCGCCGAGUCCGCACUACGACCCGUAUGCUGUGACCAGCUACGCGGCUGCCAGGCGGCACGAUGUCGCCGCCAAGCCAGGCGUGACGCCGCCGGCCAGCUCCACCACCACUAGCAGCACUACUAGCACCACUACACCCGCUCCCACGACGACCACUACCACCACUACGACGACAACGACCCCGGUCCCGACUACGACUACCAGCAGCACAACCACGGCGCCUCCUCCCGCCAAUAGCAUCUCGGAAGGAGCCUCGUUCUCCUCGGGCGGGGCCUCUGGAUCCUCAUCUUCCCUGCUGCGCUAUGGAGAGUAUCCGACAUACACCCGGCGGGUGAACAAUCUGUACAACGCCCGACCCCAGUAUCCGUACCCGGACUACUUCAACUACCAGCCGCAGGGAGGGUUGGCGGAGCCGGGGGUGGCAGUGGGAGCGGGAGCGGGUGGCACUCGCAUCCAGUUCGUGCCCUGCAUGUGCCCCGUUAGCGUGCCCAGCCUGAGCAACUCCCUCACCUCUGCCGCUCCAGUAGCCGUCGGCAGUGCGUCCACAUCCAACCCGGCGGCGCGUCACAUCGACAGCCAUGAGAUGCAGGCUGACGCGGUUGUGGAUAUGGAUGUGGAUGCAGAGGUGGAAGGAGACCCUGAGGGUAAUGACGAUGACGAGGACGUGGAGGAGGAUGAAGGUGUCACCAAAGCACUGCCCGACCCCCAGGAGACGACAUCGAAUAGCCCCGUUUAGUCAACGCCGCCUGCCCAGUCACGUCCACUCCAUAGUAUUAAUAAGACUUUGACUGAUUUGAGCACGGGUGGAUAUGUCAGUUCUAGCUAUAUCUUAUGAUUAAAAUUCCCUAAACUCUUUUUUUUCUCACAUUUAUUCCACGUGAAAAUAAAUUGCGAGCCUUAAA